AUGGCCUCAAGUAGCAGAAUGGCGCUUCGUCGCUUACCUCUUUCCGCCCGUAUCUCUAGCCCUGCGGUUCUCAGGACUGCUCCUCUGAAGAGCGUCUCCCAGGCUUCUGUACGCUCAUACUCUCGCCUUUCGCAGGCAUCAAACAGCGGUCUUUUGAGCGCCACCAGCAGGAAACCCCAGCAGUUCAUUGAAAUUGCGUCGUUCUACAAUGUCCAGACUCGUUCCUAUGCCGACAAGAUUGUAAAGGUCCCUCAGAUGGCCGAGUCGAUAUCAGAAGGAACUCUGAAACAGUGGACGAAGAAGGUUGGCGACUUCGUUGAACAGGAUGAGGAAAUCGCGACCAUCGAGACCGACAAGAUUGACGUAGCAGUCAACGCUCCCGAAGCCGGUACCAUUGUCGAGUUGUUUGCUCAGGAGGAGGAUACCGUCGUUGUUGGGCAGGACUUGUUGAAGUUGGAGUUGGGUGGCGCACCCCCAGAAAACGCUGAGAAGGAGGCCCCCGCAAAGGAGGAGCCUAAAGCCCCUGCCGAUUCAAAGCAGGAGCCUGGAUCAAAGGCUGCCCCCCCCAAGGAGGAGCGUGAGGCCCCUAAGGAGGAGAAGAAGGCACCUGCGCCGCCACCCUCGGCGCCUAAGAAAGAGGAGCCGAAGCCAGCACCACCAAAGCAACAGAGCUCAAACCAGCCAUUUGGUCAGCGUGAAGAGCGCCGUGUAAAAAUGAACCGCAUGCGUCUCAGGAUCGCUGAGCGCCUAAAGCAGUCUCAGAACACCGCUGCUUCGUUGACUACCUUUAACGAGGUUGAUAUGUCCGCUCUUAUGGAUAUGCGCAAGAACUAUAAGGAUGCUGUUCUUAAGAAGACUGGUGUCAAGCUCGGAUUCAUGUCCGCAUUCACCCACGCCUGUACCCUUGCCAUGAAGGAUGUCCCGGCCGUUAAUGCAUCCAUUGAGGGGCCUAACGGAGGAGACACCAUCGUCUACAGGGACUACGUCGAUGUUUCUGUCGCUGUUGCAACUGAGAAGGGUCUCGUCACCCCCGUUGUCAGGAACGCUGAGGGACUUGACUUCAUUGGUAUCGAGAGGGCGAUCGCUGAGCUUGGACAGAAGGCGAGGGAUAACAAGUUGACCAUUGAGGACAUGGCUGGUGGAACUUUCACCAUCAGCAACGGUGGUGUCUUUGGUUCAUUGAUGGGCACACCUAUUAUCAACUUGCCCCAGACUGCUGUGCUUGGUCUGCACGCCAUCAAGGACAGGCCGGUUGCCAUUGACGGCAAGGUUGAGAUUAGACCUAUGAUGUACCUUGCCCUCACAUACGACCACCGUCUCCUUGAUGGACGUGAAGCCGUGACAUUCUUGGUCAAGGUGAAGGAGUACAUUGAGGACCCCAGACGCAUGCUGUUGGCUUAG